UUUCUUCUAUUUCUCUCUUGCAAAGACCUCACAGCAGCCAACAGUUUCCAAGCUUAGCCGUUUUUGGGGGUUUUUAUCCAUUUGCAGAGAUCUAAUCAUGGCGGAUGUUGAACCAGAGGUUGCUGCUGCUGGAGUGCCAAAGAAGAGGACGUUUAAGAAGUUUGCCUUCAGAGGAGUAGAUCUCGAUGCUCUUCUUGAUAUGUCUACUGAUGACCUUGUCAAGCUCUUCCCUGCUCGUAUUCGCAGAAGGUUCUCCAGAGGUUUGACGAGGAAGCCAAUGGCUCUGAUUAAGAAGCUCAGGAAAGCGAAAAGGGAGGCACCACAAGGUGAGAAGCCAGAACCAGUGAGAACCCACCUGAGGAACAUGAUUAUUGUCCCUGAGAUGAUUGGAAGCAUCAUUGGUGUCUACAAUGGUAAGACAUUCAACCAAGUCGAGAUCAAGCCUGAGAUGAUUGGUCACUACCUGGCUGAGUUCUCUAUCUCAUACAAGCCAGUCAAGCACGGUAGGCCUGGUGUUGGUGCUACCCACUCUUCCAGAUUCAUUCCUCUUAAGUGAAGAGCUUACUAUACUGUGGAAUGUGUUUGUUGCUCGUUACAUGGUCUUUACUUUUGCUUUUGCUAAGUAUGUGGAUCCUUGUUGUCUUUGAUGCUUUAUAAUGAGACUAUUAGAUAUUUCAUCAACAACUCUAGCCUUUUGCGUUUUCAUUUUAUGUGACCAAGAAUUGAAAUCAAAAAUAUCAUUUUGGAGUUUUGUUA